AUGCCAUUCAAUCAAAAAGAUAAUAAUCAAAAGCAUGAAGAAUUACGUUUGUUACCUCCAGUGGAAAUUUCUCGUCAAACAACCAAUGAAGAAUCUAUAAUUGAACAAUCCCAUCCAGAAUCGGAAUCAACAAAAGAUGAGACUGGUGAGAUUGAUAAUCCUGUAAAUUGUGAAUUUCCAUCAUCUUCAUCUAAUCAAAUUGUUCAUUCUGAGAAGUCAGGAUCUAUACCGAGACAAUCUUUCAAAAACAAUGAUGCACAAAUACAUAAUGGAUAUUCAAUUCUUUUCGAUCCAAUGAUUCCCUAUACAUUGGCAUUAUAUCUCCAAUUACUCGUCAAUAUAAUAAUCGUCUCAAUAAUCCUAUAUCUAAUCUAUAUAUUCAUGAAAACAAUCCAAUCGGACAUCAAUCACAAACUUGAACUUCACACAAUGGAAGCAAUCCAUGAAAUAUCCCAAUGUUCAACCCAGUAUAUUCGGAAUAGAUGUAAUCAACAAGAACGAGUCCCAGCAAUUGAAAAAGAAUGUUUAAUAUUAGAAAAAUGUCAAAAUCGAGAUCCGGGACAAUUAGCAAAAUCAAAAAUUACCGCUGAAACAUUUGCAGAAAUUAUUAAUGGGUUUUUAAAUGGUAUAAGUUGGAAAUCUUUAUUAUUGACUAAUGGUUUGAUUUGGGGUGGAUUGGUGGUUCUGAAUGUUGUGUUUGGGAAUUAUCGAUCUUCUUCUGUGAAUGUGGUUGAGGUUCUGCUGGUGGAGAGGAAAUUGAAGGUGUUGGAAGAUAGAAUACGACAACAGGAGGAAGUUAUUAGGAGGUAUGAAUUGUUGGAGAAGGAGGAGAGUAAGGAUCUAAUUGAUUCUUCUCCUGUAAGAGGUGUAAGUGGGUAUAGACGUUUAUAA